AUGUCCAUGCCAGGCUACGACGACGCCGUGUCCUUGCCAGACUACUGCCCCUCCUUGUCCGUGCCAGACGACCAGCCCACCAUGUCCAUGUCAAACUACGAAGUCCCCUUGUCCGUGUCAAACUACGGCCGCUCCGUGUCCAUGUCAUACUACGAAGUCACCUUGUCCUUGCCAAUCUCAAGGUAAUUCCUAGACGACAAAACGCUACACCUUGUCGCCCUCAAUGCCUUUUUCUACUUUUACAUCCUCGUAGAUAGAGUUAAUCGUCGUGCACAAUGAAUUUCAGGACUUAAAAAUUUAUACCAUCAUGUACUUCAGGCAACGUCAUCUGUGGAUUGUUUACUGGUUGAGUCAACGCCUUUUUGUAGACAACAAGCUCGUACCCUCAGUCUUCAUUUAUAAAUGUUCGAGUACACAUUUGACUUUGUUGAAGCAAUUCGCCUGUCUGCAGUGCGGCAACUGGACAUUACAUUCUGACCUGCAUCCCUUCUUCAGUUCUCCAGCGGACAGUUAUUAUUAGAACGUUGUAGAUCCUGUCGAAGUCGCAUGCCAGCCAUGCUGGUAGUCUUUUAUUAUUUCUAAAACUCUCUUCGUGGCAUCUGCGGACCACUUCCGCGCGUGGUCGGGAACCGAUAAUGAGUCGCAUAAGUCUUGCUAAUCCAUUAAAAUGCGCCUCCUUCAUGCGAAGCCUGUUGUCAUUUUCUUGUUUCAUUAGAUGGAAUCACUUUUAAAACCAAACAUUAUUAUCGGUUGUGACUCCAAAGUAGCCAUGAAGCUAUGCAACUCCGAGCUGCAAUCCAAAAUGCACUGCUAGCAUCCCGCCUGCAGUUCAGGAUACUCCGGCGAAGACCUACUUACGUGAUACCUCCUCAGUUAUUAUGAAUUCAUUAGGCUUUAAGUUAAGCGGGCAUAUUUGACCGGUAAUCCAGGGGAUCUUUUGACAUUUCGGAGAUUGUUCGGAUGUGCCGUGGCAGAGGACAUAUGCAAGUAUUCAUCCUUGGGAGCGUCGAGCUAUUUAGCUCCGCAAGAGCAGAUUCACAAAGUGAUAUCUAGGCCCCGACAAGGACACCUUUCACUCACCGCCUAGAUCUUUCCCAUUGAAAUGCACUAGUGUAGUGGACUCCGAUUUUCCUAAUAUGAUGUCAGCAAACAACAUUUUCGAAUAUUGGUAAUCGUCAUCAAUUAUGUAUGUCUUCUUGUAUGUACAGGAAGGUGUUGGGAGCCGUUUGUGGACUAUGGUGUUUAUAUUAUCUGUGGAUUGAGCGCAAACCUGUCAUGUCGUUGAACAACCGAAGCACGAGGGGUUUCGCGAGCCAUCAUCGAUGGGUAUGCCUACCCAAACUCUCCUCAGCUAGAUCCGCUUAGCGGGAGGAGAAGGAGGAGGGGGCGGGGGAGAAUGAAAAUAAAAUUAGAAAUAUCGAUAGCGACUGCAUUAACGUGGUCAACACCAAAUGACAAUUUUAUGUUUGUUCUUCAGCUAAUCCCUGUCCACAUGCCGAUAAGGCUUAUUCAUAUAUCAAUUCGAGAGCCCAACAAUUUUUUAUGCUACAUAUGAAUGGCUUAAACCCGUAUGCACUCAUCAUUUCGACACCAUUCACCAAUAACCAGCACGACCUAUAACACUUUAUAAACAUGCUCAUACAUUUAGAUUUAGUACUUUAUAUCUAUUGGAUAGUAAACUGGCGCUACGUUUCAUAAAUUAUUGUUUUACAGACAACGGCGCAAUGAACAACGAAUAAGGUAAAAAAAUGCAAAUUGUUUAAAGCGUUGACCCACCCACGUAAAUAAAAAAACUAUUAUCAAAAGCUUAAUAUGUAUUUCAGAAUGCUUCAGUGCUUUACGAUACCAAUAAACCACUGAAAUUAUAUAUUUGUUGAUCGGCACGGUAAUCCAGUUCGACUUAGAAAGGGAUUGAGUAAGAGUCUAGGUGUAAGAGAGCAAAAAUAGUUAAUGAGCUAACGUGUCAACGUGGCCAUUGCAAAGGUAGAGGAUAGGAAAGCGAAGACCGUAGAGAGAAUGGAUAUUUUGAGGUAUAAAAUAAUUAAUCCCAAGCCUGUAGAGAUGGCGCACGUUUUUAGAUUUUUAAGUUUAUCUCAGUCACAAAUGUCAUUGGGCAAUGCCCUACAGACGAGCACUUAUUCGUGGCAUCAAUUUAAUCUGCGAAGCACUGUUUUAUGGUAUGCGGCAAUCUAAAUGCGGAAUUCAGCACUGUAUAGGUAUUACUGUAAAAGCAAAGCACGAUUAAACGUUCGCAAGCUACUCUACCUACUUCUUUACACAUUGAGUUGCUUUACAAUGUUACCUGUUAAUAUUUAUCCGUGCUACCAAAGUUUACUAAUACUUUUAUUUAUUUUUGCAGGUAG